ACCAAUCUUGAACAAUGCUUCACAGACUCGUGUACUGAUGUAUGCAAUACUGUUUGCUGUCUCAGUGGUAUUGCCACCCCAAUCCUCGGAGGAAACUUUGUUUUCGACUCUGUCAACUGCUUGAAACACACCUGCAAGGUGAUGGAGAAUGGGACUCUGUGGCACGAAGAGCCGAUGCCGUGCAAGAAGUGUGACCCCCAAUCCUGUCCUGUCAGUAUUCCC